GAGCGGGGCCGAGGGCUCGAGGGAGGGGAGAGCGAGCGAGCGGGGGAGGGAAAAAAAUAAUAAAACGGACGAAAGGUGGACAAACGUUAAAACAACAGUUUAUAAGAGUCGUAACCCGAGGAACGGCAUUGCCGGACGGACUACGGUUUAAAAAAAAAGGACAAAAAAACAGGGAGGAUUGCAUCUCCCCCCCCACCCCGACUCUUCCUCUUGUCCAAGCUAGGUAAACUUGCACAAGCCACAGUCUCUGAGCUCCUCGUGUCUCUCGUCAUUCCAAUCUAAUGGUGAGCUUCAACCCAAGUGUAUGCAAGGUUCUGGGAGUUGAUUGUCUUUGACUUCAUUAAUGCUGGCUCAUUUGGAAGAACACUAUAUAAUCAGGAAGCAACACUGAUUGACGUUGUGGUCCAAUGUAGCAGCGUUUGGUGGUAAAAGAAGAGUUCGCUGCCUGCUGAGAUAAAACUAGGACUUAGAUCUCAGACCAUGUCAGUAUGGAUUCAGGCCCAGCAGCUCCAGGGCGAAGCUCUGCGUCAGAUGCAGUCCUUAUAUGGUCAGCAUUUCCCAAUUGAAGUUAGGCAUUACUUGUCACAGUGGAUUGAAAGCCAGGCAUGGGAUUCAAUUGAUGUUGAGAAUCCACAGGAGGAAUUUCGAGCACAACGAUUGCUUGAGACCUUGAUACAGGAGUUGCAGAAGAAAGCUGAUCAUCUAAUGGGUGAAGAUGUUUUUGUAUUAAAGCUGAAAUUAGGGAAUUAUGCCACUCAGUUAAAGAAUACUUAUGACCGUUGUCCACUAGAACUGGUUAGAUCAAUCAAACACAUUUUGUACCAUGAGCAGAGGCUGAUUAGAGAAGCUACAAAUCCAAGUUCACCAGUAGGUUUGUUGGAUUCCAUGUCUCAGAAACAUCUUCAAAUAAACCAAACAUUUGAGGAAUUAAGAUUAAUGACUCAAGACACAGAGAAUGAACUGCGAAAGCUGCAACAUACCCAAGAAUAUUUCAUUAUUCAGUACCAAGAGAGUCUACGCAUACAAGCCCAGCUUACCCAGCUUGCGCAGCUUAGUCCACAAGACCAGAACCGUCUCUUGCGAGAACAAAAUUUACAACAAAAACGGACGUCGGUGGAGAACUGGUUACAACGAGAAGCCCAGACACUACAGCAAUACAGACUGGACUUAGCUGAGAAACACCAAAAAACAUUACAGUUGCUUCGCAAGCUGCAGACAAUUAUAUUAGAUGAUGAACUGAUUCAGUGGAAACGUCGCCAGCAAUUAGCAGGGAAUGGUGGUCAGUCUGAAGGGAGUUUGGAUGUGCUGCAGUCAUGGUGUGAGAAGUUAGCAGAGACAAUAUGGCAGAACCGUCAGCAGAUCAGGCGAGCUGAACACCAACGGCAACAGCUACCUAUCCCAGGUCCGGUGGAGGAGUUACUAACAGAACUCAAUGCAACAAUUACAGAUGUAAUAUCUGCACUAGUCACAAGCACCUUUAUAAUUGAGAAGCAACCCCCUCAGGUUUUGAAGACGCAAACUAAAUUUGCAGCUACUGUACGCUUAUUAGUAGGAGGAAAGCUUAAUGUACAUAUGAACCCACCCCAAGUGAAAGCAACAAUCAUCAGUGAACAACAGGCCAAGGCUCUUCUGAAAAAUGAGAAUACCAGAAAUGACAGCAGUGGUGAAAUUUUAAACAACUGUUGUGUUAUGGAGUACCAUCAAGCAACAGGAACCUUAAGUGCCAACUUUAGAAACAUGUCUCUUAAACGAAUCAAGCGUUCUGAUCGGCGGGGAGCAGAAUCAGUCACGGAAGAGAAAUUCACAAUUCUUUUUGAAUCACAGUUCAGCGUUGGUGGAAAUGAAUUAGUUUUUCAGGUUAAGACAUUAUCGCUUCCAGUGGUAGUGAUUGUUCAUGGCAGCCAAGACAACAAUGCCACUGCUACUGUACUUUGGGAUAAUGCAUUUGCCGAGCCAGGUCGGGUACCAUUUGUAGUUCCUGACAAAGUACUCUGGCCACAAUUAUGUGAAGCUCUCAACAUGAAGUUCAAAGCAGAGGUUCAAAGUAACAGAGGAUUAUCAGAAGAAAAUCUUGUUUUCUUGGCUCAGAAAGCAUUCAGUAGUUCAGCCAUCCAUGCAGAUGAUUACAGUAAUAUGACCAUCUCCUGGUCCCAAUUUAACAGGGAAAGUUUACCAGGUCGAAAUUUCACAUUCUGGCAAUGGUUUGAUGGAGUCAUGGAGCUGACAAAAAAGCAUCUAAAGCCUCAUUGGAAUGAUGGGGCAAUUUUGGGCUUUGUAAACAAGCAGCAGGCACAGGACAUGUUGCUUUCCAAGCCAAAUGGAACCUUCCUGCUGCGAUUCAGUGACUCUGAAAUUGGAGGGAUUACAAUAGCUUGGGGAGCAGAUAAUCCCAACAAAGCAGGAGAAAGAAUGGUUUGGAAUCUCAUGCCAUACACAACCAAAGAUUUUUCAAUUCGAUCACUGGCAGAUCGUAUCAGUGAUCUCAAUCAUUUGCUGUACUUGUAUCCUGACAGACCCAAAGAUGAUGUGUUUUCCAAAUACUAUACACCACCAUUGUCAAAAGCAGUAGAUGGGUAUGUGAAACCACAGAUCAAACAGGUUGUUCCGGAAUUUGCUACAGCAUCAUCUGAUGCUACAUCAUCGAGCAGUACCUAUAUGGAGCAAGCAGCAUCACCUGCUGUUUGUCCGCCACCUCAGUAUCCCCUCUAUCCACAAAACCCAGACAGUAUGCUUGAUCCUGAAGGGGAUUUUGACCUAGAUGAUACAAUGGAUGUUGCCAGACAUGUGGAGGAGCUUCUGCGCAGGCCAAUUGACAAUCAAUGGCUUCCUCACCAACCGACAUGAUUGACAAUCCCCACCUCCUAGAAAUUAUUGUUUCUUAUGGUUUCAUUCCAUAAGUUGCUUCAUUUCCAAAUCAUUCAUAAUGUGAAAUGUUAAUAAUCCUUGUGAAGCUAAUAUUUUUGUGCAUGUUGAAGCAACGCAAAUGUUUUUAAAUGUCUUGUUUGCUUGGAAUAAGGCUGCAGUUUUGGAAACUGUGGAUUAUGGUUUUCCGUUGUACAAAAUGCAAGUUGCUAUUUGCUUGUUUUUUUAUUUACCCUUUGCGUUUCAGUUACUUUUUUUGGUAGAUAAUGAAGUACAGUUUUAAUUUGUACUUUAGUCUGUUCUGUUUCACAAGUCAAAUUGACAAUUAAAACCCAAUUUAAACACUG